GGUCAUACAAGGAGGAAAUGAUGCAGUGCUUUGUUUUAUAAGGCAGCAUUGAUACUGCAGUGCAUUAUCAAGCAGUUGGGUGCAGAGAGCCAUGAAGAAUUUAUUAUUGAUACCAGAAGUAGUUCUCAUUGCUUUUCUUUCUCUUACAGAAGGGAGCUGUAAUUUUGAAGAUAUACGUCUGUAUGACAAUGGAGAGGCUAAUGAAACUAAAGGGAUGCUUCAAAUUUGUGAUGGUGUGAAAUGGACUGCUGUCUGUGAUUAUCAAUGGAGGCAAGAAUAUUCGGUUGCUCUCUGUAAUGAUUUGGGUCACACUAAUCCAACACCACUGACAGUAUCAAACAAUGGCUCGUGGUCUACAAUAAGUUAUGUUGCAAAAUAUACCUCAUUGUACUCUACUCCUACAUGCUACAAUAACAACAAUACAAUAGUCAAUUGCUUGACAAAUUCAUCCAGUUAUGUUACAG